AUGGCUGCUGGCCGAAGAAAAUUAAACAAAGCACUUUGGGCUAAUAUUACUAGACUGAAAUUAUUAACCAAAUCAGAUGCACCAGUUCGGUUUAUACUGGAAGAUUCUCCAUUUGAUGAUGAACAAGAAGAAGAAACUGCCAUAGAAAAAGACGUAUAUUUUGUCCGAGGAAGAAUUUUACCUGAAUCCGACAUUUUUAAAGAGGGUGCGUUAAGAAUAGAGAUGAGAUUAACAUCAAACUACCCUAAUGAAGCACCGGAAGUUCGAUUUCUAACUCCUAUCUAUCAUCCUAAUAUAUCCGCCGAUGGUAAAUUUUGUCAUCAAUUGUUGAACAAUGCUUCGAGAUGGAAGGCGGGAACAACUUUAGUCGAAGUCGUUAAAACUAUCGUCAAACAUGUUGAUAAUCCUGAUCCUGAUUACGCUGCUAUUUAUGAUAUAGGAAAAGAAUAUAUGGAGAAUCGAGCUGAGUUCAAUCGAAAAGCAUUAGAAAUGAUUAAAAAGCAUUCAUUACCUCGCCAAUGA